CCCCCUAUAAACCCCCUAUAAACCCCACAUCCAGGUGGGCUGGGCCUGGGCUGCUUCGAGGCCUGUCUGAUCACAGAGGAGCUGGCUUAUGGCUGCACCGGGGUCCAGACAGCGAUGGAGGCCAAUUCCCUGGGGCAAAUGCCGCUGAUCAUCGCGGGCAACGAGCAGCAGAAGCGCAAAUACCUGGGUAGGAUGACGGAGGAGCCCAUCAUGUGUGCCUAUUGUGUGACAGAACCCGGCGCCGGCUCCGACGUGGCCAACAUUAAAACCAGAGCGGAGCGAAAAGGGGACGAAUAUAUUGUGAAUGGGCAGAAGAUGUGGAUCACCAACGGGGGCAAGGCCAGCUGGUAUUUCCUACUGGCCCGGACGGACCCGGACCCGGCGGUUCCGGCCAGCAAAGCCUUCACCGGGUUCGUGGUGGACGCCGACAGCCCCGGGAUCCACGUGGGGCGAAAGGAGCUGAACAUGGGGCAGCGCUGCUCGGACACUCGGGGCAUCGUGUUUGAGGACGUGAGGAUCCCAAAGGAAAACGUGCUGCUGGCCGAGGGCGCCGGCUUCAAAAUCGCCAUGGGAGCCUUCGACAAGACGCGGCCGCCCGUGGCGGCUGGAGCCGUGGGAUUGGCCAGGAGAGCGUUGGACGAGGCCACCAGGUACGGGAUGGAGAGGAAGACCUUCGGGAAACCCAUCGUGGAGCACCAGGCCAUAUCCUUUAUGCUGGCUGACAUGGCCAUGAAGGUGGAGCUGGCGCGCCUCGCGUACCAACGCGCCGCGUGGGAGGCGGAUCGCGGGCGGCGCAACACGUUCUACGCGUCCAUCGCCAAAGCCUUCGCGGGGGACGUGGCCAAUCAGGCGGCGGCCGACGCCGUGCAGAUAUUUGGGGGCAACGGCUUCAACUGCGAGUUCCCCGUGGAGAAACUGAUGAGGGACGCAAAGAUCUACCAGAUCUAUGAGGGCACGGCUCAGAUCCAGCGUCUCAUCAUCGCUCGGGAGCAUCUCAGCAAAUUCGCGGCCCAGAAUUAGGUUCAAAUCCCCAUUUUUGGCCAUUUUGGGCUCAGCUUCUUCGCUCUGUGCUGCCACUUUGGGGCCCUUCUCAUCAAUGGGCUCUAAAAGGACUUUUUUUACCCCAAAUCCUUUGGGGCUCAGCGCCCCCCCCCCCUUUAAACCUCCCCCAUUUUUGCCUUUUUCUGCCCCGUUUUCACCCAAAUGGGACAAAACCAUCAAAUGAAAUGAUGGAAAAUGACCCAAAAUGGCCCCGAUUCCCCCCCAAAAAAUUAAUUAAUUAAUUAAUUUAUCUCAGGGAAUAAUAAAACUAAUGAGCUCGUU